AUGAGCAAACUUUCAGUGUCAAGCGUGCGGGCGUCCAUCAAAGAGCUCUUGAGUGCUUCGCAGGAGAAGCAACGAAAAUUCGUCGAGACGAUUGAGCUCCAGAUUGGUCUCAAGAACUAUGACCCUCAACGUGACAAGCGUUUCUCUGGAACUGUCAAGUGGGUUCAAUCCAAUGCGUAUUCUACGACGUUUACAAGUAACUACAGGCUGCCAAAUAUCCCCCGUCCUCGUAUGUCGAUCUGCAUUCUUGCAGACGCAAACGACAUCGAUCGUGCCAAGCAGAUUGAGCUCGAGUACAUGUCUGUCGACGAUCUCAAGAAGCUGAACAAGAAUAAAAAGCUCGUUAAGAAGCUCGCUAAGAAGUACGACGCUUUCUUGUCGUCUGAAGCCCUCUUGAAGCAAAUCCCACGUCUACUUGGUCCGGGUCUCUCAAAGGCUGGCAAGUUCCCUACCCCAGUCUCGCACUCGGAAGACUUGACGAACAAGCUCACCGAGGUUCGUUCGACGAUCAAGUUCCAGCUGAAGAAGGUGCUCUGCUUGGCCGUCGCUGUCGGCCACGUUCAGAUGACGGAUGACCAAGUAUUGGCCAAUGUAAUGAUGAGCAUCAACUUCUUGGUCUCUCUCCUGAAGAAGAACUGGCAAAACGUCAAAUCGCUGCACAUCAAGUCGACGAUGGGCAAGGCGAUCCGACUCUUCUAG